UUAUCAGGUCCACCCGCUCGUCGUGGUCCAUCCAAUACAACGCGAUAUCGAGCGAUGCAAAGUGAACGACGAAUUCAUCUACUCGCAGAAGUUCGUUACGAAGGCGAUAGACAAUAUGGAGGCACUUACGAUAAGCGAUUUGAAAAGGCUGUGCGCGGAACGCGGUUUAACUCCUGGUAAGCUUCGCAAACAGCAAAUCAUCGAGCUCCUUGUAAAUAGUGGACUAAAGGAGCUACCGACAGAGAUCGUUGUUCGAGAUACUCCUAGAAAAAGUAUUUUAACCCCUUCACGAUCCCGGCGUUCCGCUAUAGCAGAAGCUGAAGGCGGUCAGCCUGAGACACGGCGAAGCAUUCGUCGAAAAACUCGAGCAAACGCAGCUGAAAUCAAUAAAGAAAACACUUCAGGUGAAACCAAUGUGACGCCAAUGAGAAAGGGCAAGCGCUCAACCCGAAGACAGAACGCCGGCAGUACUGAAAGUACUAAUAACAAAGAUGAAGUUGAAAAACAGUCGCCAGCAAGUGAUAGUGGCAGUGCUAGUGAGGAGGCAAAGUUACAGCUGGAGGGAAAAUUAAGAGGAACGCCGGUGAAUCUCUCCAAUAGUGUAGAGUUUUCCUCUGAGGAAAAGCACGAUCCAUUUGAACUGCCUGAAACUAAUUCUAUGCAGGGAAGUCGAAGCUCAUCAGGAAAGAGACACAGCACAAGGCUAUCUUUUGCUAAAAACAUUGAUGACGAUGGCACCGGUUUUGAACAGGAGACACCUCCAAUAAAGAAAAUUGCUGAGGAAAGCACGAACGUAGAUGAGAUUAAAGUCAUUCAGGCUGAUGAGUCGGCACAGGUUGGUACUGCAGACUCUGCGUCUGAGCUGUCAAAGUGGCAGUCAACAAAUUCCACCAUAAACGAAACUCCAAAAGAAGAUGAACAACCCCCCAAGCAUGCUAUUGAUGAAGGCGAAGAUGAUAAAGUUGACAAUCGAAGACUACACAGUGAAGUCCUGCAGUCGAAUAAAACAGAUACACCAUCAUCAGAAAAGGGACAAAAGCAAUUAAAGGAAACAAAAGUUAACGAUAAAUAUUUUCAAGGUGCAGAACGCGUUGCAAACGAGCCUGCAAACCCCCAUUCCACACCCAACUCUGUUACCGGUGCCGAAGAUACUUGGCCGAGGAAACAGCGAAGAACAUGGAAUUUAAAUACGACAGCAGAGUUCAAUUUUGCGUAUGAUGAGCAGCCUUCCCCCGUGUCCUCACGAAGGGGUUCGUUAAGUGAUGAGCAGGCCACGAUUACUGCCUUAAAUCAACAACCUACCCCGCUCAUCAUUCGCGAAAACACAUUCAUCGUAGGAGCCCCGUCACAGAUUAAGAACUCUAAGGAAAGCAAAAACUCGUCGCCAACUUAUUUCAAAGCAUCGAAAACCCCGAACUUUAAAAAGCUGCACGAGCGAGAGCAGGCUCGUAUGGAAAGCAUCGUAGAUCAUGCGAGCCGAAAACGUGAAAGAAUGCGGCAGCUAUUGCAAACCACGCGCGAGAUCCGUGACCGCGGCGGUACAUCUCGACGAGAAUCCAAGACACCAUUGAAGACUCCCCUGAAAACCUUAUUGAAAACACCGGUAACUGAUAUCAAAAGACAGUACAUGACCCCAUCAUCAUCCGCCAAGAAGAUUCUUAGUGACAAAGUACGUUCGAAUCGCCGUUUCGAGCUACUGAUGAAGGCUCGUGGAAUCAACAUCGAAGAGGAUGCUAACAGUGAUGAGGAACAGAAGUAGAUAGGCAGUGGCGAUGCCGGUUUCUUGGCUGCAUCACUUUGAGUUCAGGUUUUCAAGAAUGUCUUCAGAAAAGCGCAAAGAAUACGUACUCCUGAACACAGCAGACGUAAUGAUUUUGUUAGCAUAUAGCAUAAUUUUACUUAUUUAAUUGAGCAUUCUUAUGUAGCUAACCGUUUAUUCAUGCAUGUUUAAUUUAGCACUUUGCUUAGGAGUUGUUACGCCUCUAAAAGGAAACAUAACCAGUAGUAAGUCGAAAAGGUCAAUGCGGAUCUGUGUAGGAAAGCUGUGUGUUCAUUCAGAAAUUUGUGAAAUGCCAUAUCUUGUUUUAGACAUAAGGUAGAAGUCAGCGGCUUCUUAUAACGUGUGUCCACAAACUGCGGCUUUGUGUGUCUUUGUAAUAAGGAGAGUCAAAGAGGUUAAGGAGCAUACGUUACCGAUUAGAAAACGGUGUAGUAUGCUACAGUUCGCCGAAAAAGUUUAGCCAAAGCCGUGUGGGAUUUUAAAGGUAAAACAAUAUAAAAAAGGAAUGAAUAUGAUUCGAAUAAGAGUUCCAAAAUGAAAAAACGGUAGAUUGGUGCUUACCUCCAAUAAUAAAACCCAUAUGGCAGUGUAUAACUUGUAUAGAAUUUGUAUAUAAAGCGAAAGAGUUUUUGAG